GAUUUUAUCAUGCGGCGAGCGAGUGAUACUCUCACUGGUUUAGGUUAGACGUAUGAUUUCAAGGAGAAAAAAAAAAUGAUUCAUUUUGUUCUGCGACUAUAGAUAAAUACAGAAUCUAUUUGACUCCUCUUCACUUUACUGUCGGACAAUCUUCGAAGUAUAAUCGAUCGUGUUGCUAAACAAAAUAUCUUGGAAAUUUGGACGAAAAUGUCGACGCAAUUUCUUUACGCAUGUGCCGUGCUAUUUGUUUCGGUGUCGGCUACAGAUCUAUACCAGGACUAUGAGUCAUUCGUCGUAAAAUUUGCCACCUCAUACGUGGAAUCGGGAAGACCAGAAGACGCCAAACGACUCAGUGAUAUGUACAUACUGAGGGUAUUGUCACAAAGUCCAGAAGAAAUUUCAUCAUUCAAAGAUUCCCUUAAUGAAUUCAUCUCCAGAAGCAAAUUCCAAAAUGGUAAAAAGAUCCUUGCUUUUUACGGGCGACAUAAAUUAGAUUCAUCUUCAUAUUCAGCGUAUUCCACACUUGACUUGAUUGAUAUUGAAUUGUCUUAUUUGCCACCCCAAAAUAAGCUCGAAUGGAAAAAGUUUAGAGAUAUACUAGGCUUGCAGCAAACUUAAAAUCAGAAGCAUUUGGUAUGAAAUUUUAGUUUUUGUAUUGUUGAAAAUAUAAAUCCAUGACUUACAUUUCAAAUUGGCUUUUCGUUUGUUGGCAAUGUAAUGUUGAUUUUCCCAAAUUAUUGAUAUUUCUAGUUGUUUAAAAUAUGAUGAUUGUAUUUAAAAUCGGAUCAUCUCAAUUUUUGUUUUCAAUAAUGUUCGCAUAGGCCGAAAUAAUUUGUUACUGGAAGAAAAUUUCCGAUAAAAUAUUUAACAUUGUGCCCCAAGUUCUGAAGUACAGAAUCGGCUAAAUCAUUGGUUUUCAACCGAGGUCCCGCGACAUCCUAGCGUUCCGAUAGUAUAGUCCGCAAGUUUACAUUCAAAUUCAAAAUUCUAUAUUAUUAUAUGUCCAUUGUUUAAAUGCAAUCAAUACACUUUAAAGAUCAUCUUGUCUUGCCAAUAUUGGGUUUGCUUUUAUAUAUAUAUAUAUAUAUAUAAAUUGUCUAUUUACAAUUCUGCGUACAGCUAUACAGUUAUUGCAAAGGGGUACCUCGAGUUUCUAGAAUGUUUCACUGGGUUUCCAUUCUACAAAAAGUUUGAAAUCCACUGGAUUAAAAAACAAACUUGGAAUCUGUGGAUACAUCUUUACAUGAUUUAUCGUGUUUUAUAAUCCAUUGCUUUUUAUCAUAUUUUACAUUCCAAUUGUAGAAUUUCAACUGAGUUUUGAAUUUUAUGAAAACUUGUAUCUCAAUUCAAUGAUGCUGCAUUUAUUGUUUCUAUUCUUUUGACCGAAAUUAAGAUUACAAACAAAAUGAUUUAUGACCGGUUGUGAAGCCGCGCAAUUUUAAUUUUUUUUCAACCACAUUUCCAGCUCAUUUUAUGUAAUUAUUACGACAGAAUUUAGUGAUCUAUUAUUGAAAGCUCAAUUUUUGUAUUUCCCAACUAAAUGGAUGAAAAUAACAAUGAGCUGAAAUACAUUUAUUCUAAUAGUGCUGAUACUUUUUUGUCUGAUUAUAUCACGGAAAUAUAUGCUUGAUGCAGCUAUAA